AGCAUAUAUUGUACAAAGGUAACUUAUUUACGGGGGACGUUGGAUGUGAUUUCAUUUCCCGGGGGGUGACGGUUAAGCUCGUGCCAACGGGCAGUCAGCGAAGCGCAAAGUCCAAAAUAAUUAAAUCACAUGAAUUCAUUAUUUGUAUUUUGAACAAUUUUUUAUUAAAUUACGUUGUGUUGAUUGCGUGAGAAAAUUGUAUUUUAGUGUGAACAAUUAAGUGUCUCUGCUCGUUAAAUUAACCUACGAAAAUUAUCGACAUUUGUGUUGUUUAAAAUUAGUGGAGAUGAACCGGACAAAUGCUGAAUUUCGCAAUAACUUUCACAAUGAAUGAAAUUGUACAACUUUUGACGUUGUGUUUUUUCAAUGGAUUUUAAUGGGCUAGUGCUAUUUAAUUGGACGUAUACACAUUUGUAGAAGGUGGUUGCCGGUUGAAAAAGUUAAACAUGUCAUCAGUGAAAGUUGCAGUGAGGGUCCGACCUUCAAAUAGAAGAGAGAUUAAUCACAAAAGUCGCUGUAUUAUACAAAUGGUUGAUGAUAAAACUGCAAUCACCAAUCCAAAAACCAACCAAUCAAAGACUUUCAGUUACGACCAUUCAUUCUGGUCAUAUGAAGAAAGCGAUGAUCAUUUUGCUUCUCAACAAAGUGUUUACAAAGAUGUUGGUCAUGAAAUGUUAGAGCAUGCUCUUGAAGGUUAUAACAUAUGCAUAUUUGCAUACGGGCAAACUGGUUCAGGAAAAUCUUAUACAAUGAUGGGAACAAGUGAAUCACAACACAAAGGAGUAAUACCACAGUUGUGUGAAAAGCUUUUUGAGAAAACUGCAUUUAUGUCUUCUGAAUGUGAAGAUCUGUCAUUUUCUGUUGAGGUGAGCUAUAUUGAAAUAUAUUGCGAGCGUGUUCGGGAUUUGCUCAAUCCUAAGAAUAAACAAAAUUUACGUGUAAGGGAACACCCAAGUAUGGGACCAUAUGUUGAGAACCUAUCAAAGCUUGCAGUUAUGUCUUAUGCUGAUAUCAGUAACUUAAUGGAUGAAGGAAAUAAAGACAGGACUGUAGCUGCUACAAAUAUGAAUGAGACAAGCAGCAGAUCACAUGCUAUAUUUACCAUCGUUCUCACACAGAAAAGAUUUGAUCAACCAACAAAGUUGACCAGUGAAAAAGUUAGCAAAUUGAGCUUAGUUGAUCUUGCUGGUAGUGAAAGAGCAAACUCUACAGGUGCAGAGGGAUCAAGACUUAAGGAAGGAGCAAACAUAAACAAGUCGUUAACAACGCUGGGUAAAGUCAUAUCUGCCUUGGCUGAACAGUCAAGCCUAAAGAAGAGAAGACGGUCAGAGUUCAUUCCAUAUCGUGACUCUGUUCUCACUUGGCUUUUGAAAGAAAACCUUGGAGGAAACUCCAAGACAGCAAUGAUAGCGACGAUAAGUCCAGCCGACAUUAAUUAUGAUGAGACACUAAGUACACUAAGAUAUGCUGACAGGGCAAAACAGAUUGUAUGCAAAGCUGUUGUGAAUGAAGAUCCCAAUGCCAAGAUAAUUCGUGAAUUGAAAGAAGAAGUUUUAAAAUUGCGUCACCUAAUACAGAGAGAAGGACUGGACCCAGAAAAUAUUGAAGGUUUUAGUUCCGUUAAAGAAGAUACAAAUGCGUUGCAGUCCAAACUUCAGGAGUCGGAAAAAUUGGUAGCAGAACUAACAGAAACUUGGGAAGAGAGGUUGAAGAAAAGCGAGGCAAUCAAAGCUGAAAGAGAAGCAACGCUUGCUGAAAUGGGAGUUGCUUUGGGUGAAGAUGGUCAUAGUGUUGGUUUGUUUCAACCGAAAAAGUAUCCGUAUUUGGUGAAUCUUAAUGAAGACCCACUGAUGUCGGAAUGUUUGCUUUACUAUCUUAAAACGGGAGUAACAAGUGUUGGUUCAGAUCCUGCAAGUGUAUCUCAACACAUACGGCUGAAUGGCUCCAGUAUACGACAGCAGCAUUGUAACUUUACGAAUGAUGAUGAAGGAAAUGUCAAAAUUAUUCCAUUUGAGGAGGCGAAAACAUUUGUUAAUGGAAAAUUGCUAAGUGAGAAAAUAGCACUACAGUCAGGUGAUCGAAUUAUAAUGGGAGAAAGUCACAUAUUCCGUUUCAACAAUCCUUACCAAGGCAGAGCUCUUUCCACAUCAUCAGAGUCAUCACCAUGGAAACAGGAACGUCUCCUUGACUGGUCAUAUGCAUGUCAAGAACUUCGACGUGAACAAGGAGUAGAUGAAACAGUAUCAUUAACGUCUAGUGCAAGAGUAAUGGAACUAGAGGAACGUAUUGAACAAGAAAAGAAGGCUGCAGACGCGUUAUUGGAACAGCAAAAACAGAGUUACGAAUUAAAACUCCAGGAGUUACAAAGAAAGGUCAACCUUUCCUCUCCACCGUCAUUGGAAACCUUGGCAAGCGAUCAAGAAAGUUUAUCUACCAACGUGAGUGCAGAAUGGUGUGAUUGGACUGAAAAAGAACAACAGCUUGCGAGAUGCGUUGUUGAUAAGUGGAGAUCGUAUCGUUACGUUUCUUUUAAGGAAAGUAUCCUUAGUCACACAGUCUCGUUAAAAGAAGCAAAUGUAAUAAGCUUCGAACUGAACAAAAAGGUGAAAUAUCAGUUCGUCCUAUUCACCCAAACUAAUUCAUUCAAUAUCCCGGAUGCGUUAGACAUCGAUCCCAUGCCUUCACAAACGGUCCUCGCCAUCGAGGUUUCUGAUAGUAAGAACAGUGCGGUCCAUUAUUGGAGCCUUAAGAAAUUCAGUGAACGUUUAAAGAAAAUGAAAGAUCUCUAUCAUAAAAUCAUGAUGGCAAGUGACUUUAGUGACGCGAACAUUGACGAUCCGUUUUAUGAUGAUUUUCCGUGGUAUCGUUUUAUAGGAAGGUCAUUCGUGUUUCUUAGUCAUGUUGCUUAUGGUGUUGCAUUGGAUCAAACAGUUCCCAUCAUCAAUGAAAAAUGUGAGAUUUUAGGAAGAAUUUCUGUUAGAAUCGAACCAAUAGCAGGUGAUGAUAGUUCCGAAUGUGAUAAACAGUUUCCGUCAAAUGUUACAUGGAUUACGGCAAGGAGCGAGGAGCAACGUAAUGACUCUUCGGAUAGUUCAAUACCGCUGAACGAGGAUCUUCUUGUGAUUGGCUCAACUUUAGUUCUUAGAAUAACUAUUUUGGAAAUACUUGAUAUACUUCCCGAUUAUACCGAUGUGUUCUGUCAAUUCAGAUUUAUAUCUUUGACCCAAGAAGACUACCCAUUUCUAUCAGAAAUUGUCAAUAAGUCCACACCUCUCCUCAGUGAAACAACAUUUCUAUCACAAGAUAUUGGUAUUGUAGUAAAACGUUCCUUCCUUCAUUACAUUGAAUAUCAACCUCUUGUAUUCGAAGUAUAUGGACAUUAUUAUAAACAGCCUUCUCGCCUGGAAUCCAGCUCUCCACGUCUUCCUGACCAUGUUCCAGUUCAAGUAAACAAAAGUUUGAAGGACAUUGAAAGGACAACCCAAGUUGAUCCUCUUAUGUUGCGAUUACCUUUGAAGAAGAGGGAUCAUGAUGCUAGUUUGGUGUAUGAAUUGCUUGUCCGCGUUCAAUUUCUUGAAUUAGCGCCAAAUGGCGAUUACCUUCCCUGUUUUGUCAAACAUCGUCAUGGUAACGUCAACUCUGGUAUAUAUUUGCUUCAUCAAGGUAUACAACGACGAAUCAUGGUUACAAUACUUCAUGAUAACUAUCCUGAAAUACGAUGGAAAAACAUCACUGGAGUAUGGAUUGGAAACAUAUUUCCAAUGACUCUACGAGAAUCUGAUGGUGUUUAUCAAACAACGUCAUCAGGAAACAAUUCAUGGGUCCGUCUCGUUCCAGGCCAGCUCAUCCUUUCUCAUCCUAUCGACACUAUCUCUUUCGUCAAGUUUGAAUUUCCAUGGGAUUCUUCUUUACAUAAUUCUCGUCAUUUGGACAGAGUAACUUAUCCUGGAGAUUUGAUCUCACUCACACUGUAUAUUUCACUAGAGCUGGAUGGUUUUGAUCGAACAGUCUCUCUCCAGAAAAGAUGCUAUAUUGCUAUUUAUGAUAGGGAUUCAAAGACUGUUCCAUCGAGGUCAAUUUGGGCUCAACUUUUUUCUUCCAAAUCUACUGAAAAUCCUGAAAUGAAUGAAUGCAGCGGAGUGUAUGAACUAUCAUUAACACCUGUAUGUGAAACAGAUGACUGUGCAACCGCUGUACCGUAUGUUCGCGGUGAGGAAAAUCUUAAAGACUGGAGACCUAGAAGUGGAUCUUUGAUUGAAGAGCAUUUUCAAAAUCAGAAGAAAAUAGCAUAUGUUCAAGAGGUUUGUAAAAACCGUCAUUUGCUUCAUCUUCGUGCAAAGCUUUCUGGACAAGAUAUACCUCUGAAAUGCUCACUCAAACAGUGUGAAAAUGUCAGUGAUGAUUAUAUGUCCGAUAAGGUUCAUAGCACUUUAGACAAGAUUGUUCAUUUAUUGAAGAAACAUUCAACGGAGAAAAAACUCGCAAAAGAUCCAGGAAACAUGUCAAAACGUCACGUGAAUGUCGAAACUGAUGAUGUCAGCAGUCAUGUGACAGGCAUGUUGACAGAAAUAAGAGAAAUUGUUAAAAGUCAUGUCGUAGCAAAGGAAGGAUACUUGUUAAUCUUGGAAGACGAUUCAUCUCGAUGGAGGAAACUUUACAUGGUUGUCAGACGUCCAUACGCUUUUUUCUAUCGUAAUGAACAUGAUCAGAUUGAACGAAAUGUCGUGAAUUUAAGUCGCACAAAAGUCUCUUGUCACGAAGAAAAUAGCGAACUUCAGGAUCAUCUUAUUUCACUUCAAUCAACGCAUCGUGGAUAUGUUGUAAAACCAUUUAAUGAUAACGAUAAAGAGUUUAAUGAAUGGUUGUAUGCGUUUGAUCCUCUCCUAGCUGGAACCAUACGCUCGCGCGCAAAUGCAGUUCGAUUAAAGAUGCAGAUGUCGGAUGUCUUUACAGAUUCCUUACGACAAUAAAUUUUCCUAAUUAAAUACCGAAUUCCAAGUCAAUGUUAAUCACUAUAAUUUUGGUAAGACCGUAAGAGUGCAUAUCUGUGUAAAAAUGUAAUUUUGGAAUGUUAACCACGUUUAUUUAUUGUGCACACGAAGAGUUUAAAAAACAAUAAAUGUAUUUUUGUACUGUGUA